AUGCCGCUUGUCAGCACCUGCGAGCUGAGCGACAUCAAGCUCAACGGCCUCGCCCCCCGGUCCUGUGAGCUGUGCCGCAAACGCAAAGAUGGCAUCCAACGCUGUGCCUCGUGCCAAUCCGUCUGGUACUGCUCAAAAGAUUGCCAGGCGGAAGACUGGCCGGAGCACAAGAUUCCCUGUAAACUGAUCAAGAAGGCGCGUCUUCACUACGAGAAGGAGGAGAAGAAGUUGCGUGAGCACCCCGGCGACGUCAUGACGCCGCCCAACUUAUUUGAGGAGCACGCCGGCCACUUCUGGGGCAUCUUUGAGACGCGCGACUACAUGCGGGCGCGCUACAGCAUGGUCGACACAAUGCUCAUGAGCUACGGCACUGCCGGUGGCCCUGUAGACCUGAUCCAGACAUGUCUUGACCAUCUCUUGGACAUGAUGAGACUCUGUCGCGGUGAUAAUAUGGGACUCCGAGAUAUCAUCCCCGCGUUGUACGUUCGACUUGGCCGGGACCAGGACGCCUACGAUUUUGUCAAGUGGUACGCAACCACUGGCGACGAAUCAGACUACGACUGGGGAGACAUGAGCUUGCCAUUCCUCGACACCAAGAACGCGGAUGUGUUUGAGGAGCCCCCCAGCUGCCUGAUGCGCACCACAUUUAUGGACAUGAGCCACGCUGCGGCACUGAUGCUCAUCAAGGUGCGAAUACUGCUCGAUCUGCAGGCCAUACAAAACGCCCGCAUUGCCCUGAAGGGCUCCAUUCCAACAGAGGUCAUUGAGAUGAUUCGGGGACAGCUUGUCGGCAACAUUGUCGGGGCACGGCAGGACAUUCUCCUCGCUCCGCCAGAACAGACGUCGCAGCUGGUCGACAAAAUCAAGAAGCAGAUCCAGGCGCUAUACAAGGCCGUCAAGACGUAUAAUCCGCACUUUUGGAAGCUGCUUGUCAAUGACCCGGAUGCUGGCGUUUUGCGCAGACCUGCACAUGCGUACUCGCCCCGCACAGAGGACGAGGCAUUGUUGGUCCUCGGAUACAACUACGCCGCGUGGUACGAGACGCCGGGAGCGGUGGACAUGCUGAAGAGUCUGGGCAAGUGA